GCUAAUUAUUUGAUUACUUCAAAGUUCAAAUCAAUUGAUAGAAAUUUGAGGACGCACGCGGAAGUUUUGAUGGACUCGAAUAAUAUAACAAAAUUGUAUUUUCAUCAAUGAUUAUAUUAAUAAAAAUUGUACAACAAUAUUUGUGAGAGCUCAUGUCUCUCACUUAUCUCUUUGGUAGAACCCUUGUUUCUACCCCUCUCAUCUUUUGUGGGAGCUUUUUUUGAUUGGCUCAUCCUAAACUUAUGCACAUACAACCUAUUUAUAGUUGUUGUAUUAUGGUUUCUAGAUUUCUACUCCCCUCAUCAUCUAGAUUUUUCUUAGGAUAAUUCUAGACAUUUUAGUUACUAGAUUUUUCUAAUCUAGCUCCUAAAUAUUUCCUAAGAUUAUUCUAGUUUAUAAUAUUUCUAGAUUUUUCUACAUAAUACAUUUCACUAUUAUAUUUUAACAAGUGUAUUAUCUAGAUUAAUAUUUUAACAUCAAUCAUAUUGAUUUUUAAAAAAUAACAUGUGCCCUCCAGAUGCUAAUUUACAUCCAAGAACAAGUUCCCCUCAUUUUCAAGGACUGUCAGAAUAUUUGCCAAAUCUGAAAGGAGAAAUAAGCAGCAUAUACUUUUGAUUGUCCCACAAACCCAAGAUAUUUGACCACAACAAAAACUAAGUCUGCCAAUGAGAGUGAGGCAAUCUCACCUUAUCCACACUCUCACCACAAAUCCUUAAUUACACUUCAUCUUCAUCCCUCCACAUCACUCCUCAAAUCUUAAUCAUAAUCCUUUUUUUUUUCUUCUCUCCUAACUAACAAAAACCACAACCCCUUCUACUCAUCAUAACAUAAUAACCAAAAAAAAAUCACACAAUAUUUAUUUUCUAAACUCAAAUUUGGUAAAAUGGCUUCAAUGAACUCUAGUGUUCUAGCAUGCAGCUAUGCUAUGUCUGGGGCAGGAGGCUUAGAGCUCAGCUCAAAGGCAUCUUCAGUGUCUUGUGUGGCACCAUCAUCUUUGGGUGGCAGUGAGAAGCUUACCAUGAUCAAGGCACAAGCCCAAAACUCUCAACAAGACAAGGCUGUCGAAGGACGAAGAGCUGCCCUUUUUGGCUUGGCUGCUGCCCUUGUUGCCACUUCCUUCUCUUCCAAUGCUAAUGCUGGAGUCAUUGAUGAAUACCUUGAGAAGAGCAAAGCUAACAAGGAACUGAAUGACAGGAAGAGGUUAGCAACAAGUGGCGCCAACUUUGCAAGGGCAAACACUGUACAAUUCGGAACCUGCAAUUUCCCACUGAAUUUCACAGGCUGCCAAGAUCUUGCCAAGCAAAAGAAAGUACCCUUCAUCUCUGAAGAUAUAGAGCUGGAAUGUGAAGGCAAGGACAAAUUCAAGUGCGGUUCAAAUGUUUUCUGGAAAUGGUGAAAUGUAUAAAAACCCUCAAAUUCAUAUUCCCAUCUUGUUGAAAAAUUCUAGUGCAAAUCUUAUGUAUCAUGUACUUAUUGUUUAAACUGGAGAAGGGUUGAGUAAUGAUUAGAGCAAAAUAGUUCAUGGA